AUGGAAAAGAAACUUCAAGCAAAAGAUGAAGUCAUUGAAGCAAAAGACAAAAGCAUACAGAAAAGAAUACCACGUUCGGUACCAAAAGGAAAGGAAAAGAACUAUAAGUAUAUGAUUUAUACUGAAGAGAUGGAAAAUGAAGAAGACAGAGAUAUGGUUAUGUUGCAUUUAGUCAGAAGAAACAACAAAAGCUUUUACGACCUUGCUAAGAUUUACAAAUCUGACAGAAAUUGGUUCUAUCGCGAAAACUUACCGAUUUCAAUGACACCGAAUGAAGAUGUGAAACAAAUAGUUCAAGAUACGUUACCUCAAACACACUAUGAUAUUAAAGGUUGUACAAUACUUACCUUCAAAGAAGAUUUGCCAUUGUUAAAGGAAAAAAUAACAGAGUAUUUUGACAACUUCAAACAAGUAGAGUAG